GCGCACCUACCAAAUCAGCUCGUCAUGUCGAAAAGCGCCAUGUCAACAGAUUCAUCUAUCUCAGAAAAGAAUGAGGACUGGCGGUUGCAGGAUCAAGAGGUGGCGGCCCAAGAGCCAAAAGAGUACGAGCCUAUUGUGAGCGAGCCCGCGGAGACCGCUAAAGUGGAAGAGGACCUCCAGCAAGCACACGCGGACAGAAUCACCGGCAAUGAUAAGUUGCAGACUAUCAACUCAAGAGGUCAUCUUUCAAGAUUGCAGAGCACCACGAGCGGGGUUACAGAGUUCAGCGACGAGCUUUCUAGCUCCAAGAGUACCGCGGUCAUCCGGAAGAAAUGGUACAAGAGAGCGAAUCCGCUCAAAUGGGGCGCUAAACCACCCGUUCCAGAAACGAGGGGGGUGUCGGCUGAGUACAGAGCUGGGUUUAUGAGUCGGCUCACCUUUCAAUGGAUGGCACCUUUGAUGGUGGUUGGAUACAAGCGACCACUCGAACAUAACGAUUUAUGGACCGUCAAUCCAGACAGAAGCUGCGAUGCCAUGGUCGAACGGUUACAAGCAUCAUUCAAGAGGCGGAGAGAUGCGGGAUAUCCCCGCCCGCUCCUGGGUGCACUUUACGACACGUUCAAGGUCGAAUUUCUCCUCGGCGGUCUCUUCCAGCUUAUUGCCAGCAUAAUCCAGUCCGUCGCCCCCUACGUUCUCCGCUACCUCAUCGACUUCGCAUUAAGGGCGUGGCUUGCGCAACGCACUGGACAACCGGGACCACCUAUCGGCGAGGGAAUUGGCAUAGUCAUUGGGAUUACGGCCAUGCAGUUCACGCAAAGUCUCAUGACGAAUCAUUUCAUGUAUCGCGGUAUGAUGGUGGGUGGACAGGCGAGAGCGGUUCUGAUCUCCAUCAUUUUCGACAAAGCUAUGAAACUCUCAGGCCGAGCGAAAGCGGGCGGACAAGCCGUCUUGGAAGCCCCUCCCCCGGAUAUUCAGCCAGGCAGCGAGGCGGAAAAGAAAUGGUACAAAAAGAUACUCAAGAAGAAACAGAAAGAGGCACAGGCGCCUAAGACGCAGGGCGAUGUAUCCGGAGAUGGUCAAGGUUGGGGUAACGGAAGGAUCAUCAACUUGAUGUCUGUCGAUACCUACCGAGUCGAUCAAGCUUCUGGAUUUUUCCACAUGAUAUGGACCUCACCAAUCGCCAUCCUCGUUACCACAGCGCUGCUUCUGGUAAAUCUGACAUACAGCGCUCUCCCCGGUCUCGGUCUCCUCAUCCUGACGAUGCCCCUACUAGGUCGCGCAGUGCGAUCGCUUUUCCGCCGACGAAUGGCCAUCAACAAGAUCACGGAUCAACGUGUAAGUCUAACUCAGGAAAUCAUCCAAGCCGUUCGCUUCGUCAAGUAUUUCGGCUGGGAGAACAGUUUUCUGGAACGCGUCAACGAUAUUCGAAAGCGCGAGAUCAAGGGCGUUCAGGUGUUACUCGCCAUUCGAAACGGCAUCAUGUCCGUUGGCAUGUCGAUGCCCGUCUUCGCCUCCAUGUUGUCCUUCAUCACGUAUUCUUUGACCGACCACGGUCUUAACCCAGCGCCCAUCUUCUCCUCGCUUGCGCUUUUCAACUCGCUGCGUAUACCGCUCAACUUCCUCCCAUUGGUCAUUGGCCAGGUCAUUGAUGCGAAUGCAUCGGUGAAGCGCAUCCAGGAGUUCUUGCUGGCCGAGGAGGCUCAAGAGACCGCGGAAUGGGACUACAACGCCAAGGACGCCGUCACGAUGAAGAAUGCAGAUUUCACAUGGGAACGACAUCCCACGAGGGACGAAGAUGACGCUCCAAAGAAAGGCCCCGGCGGUGGUCCCCGUGCAAAGAAACCAACUCGCAAAGACAAGAAAGAGCAGAAGAAGAAGGAGAAGGAGGAUAAGCGUGCGAGCGUGAACUCCACUGUACCUGAGAUGAAAGGGGGGGAGGAGGAAGAGCCAUUUAAAAUGAAGGGACUGGAUAUCUCGAUAGGCCGCAAAGAGCUGGUCGCUGUCAUCGGGAGUGUGGGAUCUGGAAAGAGUUCGUUUUUGGCGGCGCUCGCAGGCGAUAUGAGGAAGACACAGGGAGACGUCACGAUUGGUGCCUCUCGAGCAUUCUGUCCGCAGUACGCUUGGAUUCAAAAUGCAACAGUACGAGAGAACAUUGUCUUCGGCAAGGAGUUUAGACCGGAGUGGUACAGCCAAGUCGUAGAGGCCUGCGCGCUGCGGCCGGACCUUGAAAUGUUGCCCAACGGCGACGGCACUGAGAUUGGCGAGCGCGGUAUCACGGUAUCUGGUGGGCAGAAGCAGCGCAUGAACAUCGCCCGUGCUAUCUAUUUCGACGCCGAUAUUGUGCUUAUGGACGACCCGCUUUCCGCCGUCGACGCUCACGUCGGCCGUCAUAUCAUGGACAACGCUAUUUGCGGCCUCCUAAAAGACAAGUGCCGCAUCUUGGCUACGCAUCAACUCCAUGUUCUAAAUCGUUGCGAUAGGAUCAUCUUGGUAGACGAUGGUGAGGUAAAGGCCAUUGACACAUUCGACAACCUGAUGGCGCACAAUGCAGAUUUCCAGCAGCUCAUGACUAUGACUGCAUCCGAGGAAGACAAGAAAGAGGAAGAUGGCGUCGACGAGGAUGAGCGUGAGACCGAGAAGAAAUCAGCGCAGAAGACAAAGAAGAAAAAGAAGAAGCCUGCGGCCGCUCUGAUGCAGGAGGAAGACCGCGCGGUGAAGAGUGUGGAAUGGGAUGUCUGGAUCGCGUACCUCAAAGCUGGAGGUGGAUUGUGGAUUGGGCCGUUUGUGCUUCUUCUCUUGAUCCUCUCGCAGGGUGCCAAUAUCAGUACCAGUCUGUGGCUGUCGUGGUGGACAUCGGACAAAUUUGGGUACAGUGAGGGCGUAUACAUCGCUGUCUACGCUUGUCUAGGCUUCUCGCAGGCGCUCAUGAUGUUCAUGUUCUCCAUUGCUGUAUCGGUAUUUGGCACAGAAGCCGGCAAAGUCAUGCUUCAUCGUGCCAUCUACCGUGUGCUCCGCGCUCCCAUGUCCUUUUUCGACACCACACCGCUUGGCCGGAUCACAAACCGUUUCUCAAAGGAUAUUGAUGUCAUGGACAACACCCUCACCGAUGCGAUUCGCAUGUACUUUAUGACGCUGGCCAUGAUCAUCUCCGUCUUCAUCCUGAUCAUUUCGUACUAUUACUACUAUGCGAUAGCGCUCGGGCCGCUGUUCCUCGUCUUCAUGUUUUCAGCUGCGUACUACCGAGCGUCCGCUCGCGAAGUCAAGAGACAUGAGUCGGUGCUACGCAGUAGCGUAUUCGCGAGGUUCAGCGAAGCCGUCCAGGGCACACCGACCAUUCGGGCGUACGGGCUACAGCAGCAGUUUUCCAAAUCGGUGCGCGAUUCCAUCGACGACAUGAACAGCGCGUACUACUUGACCUUUGCCAACCAGCGCUGGCUCAGCGUGCGACUAGACGUGAUUGGUAUCCUGCUUGUCUUCACGACUGGUAUUCUGGUGGUGACGUCGCGCUUCUCAGUCGACCCUAGCAUCGCUGGUCUAGUGCUGUCCUACAUUCUUACCAUUGUGCAGAUGAUCCAAUUCACGGUGAGACAGCUCGCCGAGGUGGAGAACAAUAUGAACGCGACAGAGCGUAUCCACCACUACGGCACCAUGUUGGAAGAGGAAGCGCCAAUCCACAUGGGCGAGGUGCGUAAGACAUGGCCGGAACACGGCGAAAUCACCUUCAACAAUGUCGAGAUGCGAUACCGUGACGGGCUCCCUCUGGUCCUCAAGGGUCUCACCAUGCACGUCGCAGCAGGCGAGCGCAUCGGAGUGGUAGGCCGCACAGGAGCAGGCAAAUCCAGCAUCAUGAGCACGCUGUUCCGACUCAUUGAGCUGUCAGGCGGCUCCAUUGCCAUUGACGGCGUGGACAUCAGCACCAUCGGGCUGCACGACCUCCGGUCCAAACUGGCCAUCAUCCCCCAAGACCCCACCCUCUUCAAAGGCACGAUCCGCUCCAACCUAGACCCGUUCAGCGAGCACAGCGAUCUAGAACUGUGGUCGGCGCUGCGACAAGCGGACCUCGUGUCGAGCGAAGCGAGCCUCGACGACGCCAAAUCGGGCCGCAUCCACCUCGACUCGGUCGUGGAGGAAGAAGGGCUCAACUUCUCUCUGGGCCAGCGCCAACUCAUGGCCCUCGCGCGCGCGCUUGUCCGCGGCUCCCAAAUCAUUGUCUGCGACGAGGCGACUUCAUCAGUCGACUUUGAAACCGACCAGAAGAUCCAGAAGACGAUCCUCGAAGGGUUCAAGGGCAAGACGCUGCUGUGCAUUGCGCACCGGCUCAAGACGAUUAUUGGGUACGAUCGCAUCUGUGUCAUGGAUGCCGGGCGCAUUGCGGAGUUGGAUAGCCCGCUUCGCUUGUACGAGGCCGGUGGUAUUUUUCGGAGCAUGUGCGAUAGGAGUGGGAUUCGGAGGGAGGACUUCUUCCAGACAUCUUCUUGAUCAAAAAUACUUUUCAUUAAUGGUAGUAGCUAUGCGUGUGUGUGUGUGCGUUGAAUAGAAAAUCACAUGUAUGAAAUAACUAUACUCACUCAUAUACAUAUAUACAUAUCUGCUCUCGAUUGGCUAAUCUGCAAAAACAUGGUUGUUGGUUGUUACUUAAGUUUAUUCUUUGCUUGAGUUGUGUGCGAAAUACAACUAAACAACAUCUCUCACACACAUCAAAUCCCCUCUCCCCCUCAUAUGUAUCCUCCUCAACCAAAGCACGCAAGCAACCAAGUAAGCAAGCCAAGUCCACUCCCCUCCCUGCCUCAUCGCGAACCCCGGGACCCGCGAAACGCGCUCGCAAACGCGGGACCGCAAUCCAUCCAUCCAUCCUUCUUAGCUCUCCCCGGAGCCCAAGCGCGCCUUGCGCCUCGCGCCUUAAAGCAGACACAGACACAGACACGGGAGACCAACUUCUUAGACUCUCUUGUGUUCAUGCAACUCGGCGUCCCUCUUAUCGCAGCUUUUAUUUUUUAUCUUGCGCAAAAAGAGAGAGCGAGAGCGUGCUUUAGGAUUAGUGGUGCAGUGUACCAUGUCAAUGUAAUGCAAUGCAGUG